AUGGCGGAUACGCUGCAUCCUCCUCCCUCAGUCGUUGCGUCAUGGCCAGAACCAGACUAUGUCGAUCCCCAAACCAGAGGGCCGGGUUUGGUGCAAGCCUGUAUCAUCUUCAGCGGCCUCGGGAUUAUCAUUGUUUCUGCUCGGAUAUAUUCGCGUCUGGUCAUUACUAGAGCACCAGGAUGGGAUGACCUCCUGGUCGUCGUCGGACUCGGAUUCAGCGUUGCCAUGUCCGUGAUGGUUGUGGUCGGCAACGAACUAUACUUCAGCGGCCGACACAUAUGGGACGUGCCAUCGUCUACGUUGACGCCGCACCGUCUCAACGUCUGGAUCAGCGAGUGGCUAUUUGUUCUUGCCGGCACCGCAAUCAAGACCAGUGUGCUGCUGUUUUACCAGCGACUAAGCGUCAAAUUCAAGAAGGGAUUCCUGGUUGCGACGUGGUUGGGGAUUGUCUACAACGUUCUAUACCUAGUCGCCUUCACAUUCACACUUCUACUCAUCUGUCGUCCGGUCGACGCGUACUGGAAAUCUUUCGAUCCAGGAUGGGCCGCUACCCACAACUUCUACUGUGCGAAAGAGGGAGCAUCUAUCCCAGCGGCCGUGGGUCUAAGUGUAUUGGGUGACUUUUACAGUACGCUGCUACCGCUUCUGCUGGUUUUCAGCUUGGAGCUUCCGCCGAAGCAGAAGCUCGGCUUGUACAGCUUGUUCGGCUUGGGGUUCUUGGCAUGUGGUUUGGGUUUGGUCAGGGUCGUCCUCACGUACCGGCUGUUGAAUGAGACGUAUGACUUCACAUGGCUUCUGUGGGAAGUAUGGAUAUGGUCUAUUGUGGAACUUUACGUUGGGAUAUUCGCGGCCAGCGCACCGGCCCUCCAGCCCGUUUUCCGUCAGUUCAUGGUUGGGUCGAUUGGCAGCCUUGCAAGGUAUUCGCGACAACGUGGCGACACGGAGGGAACUGCUUCGGAUGUCCAUCAAGAGGAAAAGCGAGGGUCAAGCAGCGGGGGUGGUGAGACCAGAGCGGAAACGGCGGCGAUCGGAACGGCGUUUGGCGGUGACGAUACGACUGUGCCGGAAAGGGGAUUCUGGAAGGACAUGGGCCGCCAAGGAACCCGGCGAUUUGCAUUGGGGUCAAAUCGCGACGGCAAGGUUGUUCUGGUACAGGUUCGGGAGCAGGACGCUGCUCCUCCUUCGCUAAAUGGUCAGGGACCAGUGUCAGGAGAAGGUUCGAAUUCCCCGAAAGCAGACGGUGCGGCCGAGAACUGGCCUCUACCUACUGCACUGACCAAGCCUCUGCCACCUCUCCCGCCGUGCUCAUCACCGGCCGGCAAGAAUCGAUGGUCAUUGCCCUCACAAGCCUCCCAGCAAACGAUCCACGUCGGGCUCCAGCUCGAUCCUGAGAUCCACGACCCUGAUCAAGCCGGGUGGAGCGUGAGAACAGCGAAACUCCGCGCGGGAUCGCCACUUGCUCAGUCUCAGCACGGGCAUACUGCAAGCAUGCUGGGGAGAAGGAAGCCUAUGAUCGGAAGCCAGUCAGCCAAGGGGCUGGUUGAGUCUAUACGACACGGUGCAAACUGUACACUACACGCAGCCCUCCUGUCGAUCAAUCGACUGGCCACCAUCAAGGGCAACAACGGGUCGAUACGCUCAGCUACCACGAAAGGAAGGGGCUUUGAUCCCGAGAGAAGGCCAUAUGUUCACGGGCUGAGAGACGGGUGUGCGGUGUGA